AUGGCUGCGAAACCGCCUGUACAGGCGACCUCAACUAAUGUUGAUGACCUCAUCACGCCUUUGAAGAGCGUGCUGAACUUUAGAGACGUAGGCGCAUUCGUCAAUCGAGCUUCAGGAAAGAACCGUUUGAAGACGAGGCUGCUGUACCGGGGCGCGCGACCAGUAGACGAAGCAACAGUACGGGACAGAGAAAGGCUUGUCACCGAAUUUGGUAUCAAGGGCAUCAUCGACCUCCGAACGAAGACUGAACACAUUGAACAAGCUCAGAAGCGGGAUGCUAAGAUUAAGGCAUCUGCUGCAGUGUCUCAAUCGAACGAUAAUAUUGCGGGACCGCUAAAGAUUCCCGACGUUGUCUAUCAUGAGAUCAACUUCAAUGGCUCGGCAUUCUCCCGCAUGCUCAUCUCCAAGCUCACGUGGAUGGAGUUUUUCCGCCUAGUCGGCCUUAUGAUCUUUGGCUAUCGUCUCGAUGCAAUCAAGAUCCUUUCGCCCCACAUGGAAGAAAUGGGCCUUGUUGGGCUGGCAAAAAGCUCUGUGGACGUCUGCGCCAAGGAGGUCAAGCAGGUCUUUGAUGUGCUUGCAAACGAUCGCAACUGGCCAGUACUGAUCCACUGCACACAAGGCAAAGACCGAACCGGGCUGAUUGUUAUGCUCGUUUUGUGGCUCACGCAAAUCGACGACGAGACCAUCGAGGAAGAUUACCUGCUGUCAGAGCCUGAGCUCGCAUUAGAAAAAGAGUCCCGGCUGAAGGAGAUUGGCGCCAUCGGUCUCUCUGAGCAAUUCGCUGUCUGCCCGCCAGGCCUAGCAAAAGAGGUCCAUUCGCACAUUCAGGAGAAGUAUGGCGGUGUUGAAAAAUACCUCCUGGAGAAAGUUGGGGUUAGUCGGGACACGCUAGAGAAUGUGAGAAGGAGGAUGCUGGCUGCUGAUUCGUAG